AUGAGUCAUGUUCCAUAUCCAUUAAGCACUGAUGAUAGUUGUGGCCACCCAGAUUAUCGAAUAUUCUGCAACAAUAAUCAGCUUGAGUUUAGAUCACUUGAUGGGAUAUUUUAUCCCAUCAUUAGCAUUAAGAAUUGGUUUUACAGGCUAGUCAUCCGGCUUCCAGCUGUAGCAAGUGAUUCAUGCACCACUAUGGAUUAUAGCGUAGAAGGAUUCUAUCUUGAUGAGAAUUUACCAUUCAAUAUUUCAAAGCGUAAUACUGUUAUGUUAUUGAACUGUUUAGAAAGGCUCUUGUUGUCUCCUCUUAACUGUACUUCCAUCAGUUUGUGUCAUCGGUUUGAGGAUGAGAUGGAAGAAGUCAUGGCUUGCAAGGGUAAGCUUUGUUACACCUACUUGAAGGGCACUUCUUAUACUUCUCAUCGUAUAAGAGUUCAUGAGGGGGGAUGGAGUGCUUAUACCAGUGUAGUCAACAUAAAUUCUCAGCUGCCUACAAGGGAAUGGAACUAUGGUAUUGAAAUACAGUGGAUUCCUGUUUGA